AGAUACUGCAGUUCUUCAUAAAAUACAAAGCAGAAUAUUAUUAUUAUUGUUUCAUUCAGAUUGGGCGGAGAAUUAUAUUUAAAGUGACCUUAACAAACGGCAAGUCUUCACCAUUCCUGGACGCGAAAUUAACGGGAUUGCCUCUGCUGACCCGAGCGCGCGUGGCACUUCGGGAAUCCCGAAUGUAACAUUCCGGACAACGUCGUUCUCCGCCGAUUGGCCGAGCCGGAAAUGACGCAGGAUGUCCUAAACAACGGCUGCUGCUGGUGACAUUUUAAAUAUCCAGUGUACGCUAAGCAAGCGCUUUGCCAAAAAAGAAAAAAGGAAAGAAAGAAAGAAAAAGUGCCAAUUUUUCUGCUGUUUUCCUGAUUCAUCUGAAGCUCAAUUUUUACGUUCUCGAACGUAUGCUUUGAAAAACAAGCUCCGUAAUAUGUUGUUCACGUCGGGCACGUAGGCACUCUAAAUUUCUUUUUCAGGUUUUCUCCUGCUUUCAAGCAGAGUCCUGUGCCACUUGCCCAGGUAUAUUUUGUGCUUUAUGAUUAGAGACAAGGACAGAACGAAACUGACAUGAAGAUGGCAGAUGCUGUAAAAACUGAAGAUCUUGUGGAUUCUGAAACGCCACCAGAGGUUGCUGUUGAUUCUGGAGUGGAGAGAACUGGAGGAACAGAAGUCCUUAAAACUGAGACCUCUAGUUCAGAAAAGGGAGAAUCUCCCAUCCAAAAUGAUCCAGGUCUUCUUUCUUCUAUGCCUUGCCUACUAAUGGAGUUGAAACGUGACUCUCCAGAGUCACAGCAGGCUUCUACAGAAAGUGAAAAACAAAUUUCUGGAAAAGCCUAUGAAAGUGACUCCUCUAAUCCCUGCAUGUUAUCUCCUUCUUCCAGUGGCCACUUGGCUGACUCUGACACACUGUCUUCAGCAGAAGAUGAGGUCUCUAGAAUUGGAACAUCUUCUAUAGCAGAGGGAGGUGAUCCUAACUCAGAGACUGGAGGAGUAACUGUGUCAGGAGCUAGAAAGUCCAGACGUUCCCGAUCUGAAAGUGAGAUGUCUUCUGUUGUUAUGGCAGCCAAAAAGAAUCGCUGGCAGGUUACAGGGAGUGAAAAGCAAAAUGGGCGACUAGCCAAAGUCAAGGGACAACGGAGUCAGAAACACAAAGAGAGGAUACGCUUACUGAGACAAAAGAGAGAAGCAGCUGCCCGUAAAAAAUACAAUCUGCUUCAGGAUAGUAGCACGAGUGACAGUGACCUGACCUGUGAUUCUACCACUAGUAGUUCUGAUGAUGAUGAGGAAGAAGCAUCAGGAAGCAGCAAGACAAUCACUGCUGAUAUACCAGCUGGCUUCAACCGUGCUGAAGGAACUGCAGGAGUGACCAGUCAAAUUCAAGGACUUCUGGACAGUGGAGCAUCGUGGGAUCGGAACUGCAUUGGCAACGUCUUGGAGGAAGCUAUGAACCGUUUUGCUGUCAUGCAGCGACAAACUGAAGAGAGAUUUCGUAUGUGGAUGGAGAAGCUGACUCGGUUAGACACCGAUGAAGAUAUUAAGCAACCAUCUGAAUCUCAUGAGCCUAAAUUACAGAUUGUUAGCCCAAAGGUUUCCCCUACUAGCCCAUCAAGUACAAUUCUGCAUAUGUCUAGUAGUCAUUUACACACCCCACAAAACUGCACUCCAUACAUAACAAGUCGACAAACUGUCGAUAUUGAUGCCUUCCCUCUUAAUAACAAUCCUCCUACCACAUUUUCAGAAAAUGGAAAUGCUGCUUGUGAAGACCUGAAUCACUCAAACCUCUGAAGCUGAUUUCUGAGGCUUAAGGAUUAGAUUAUUUUGGAAAUUUUUAGGUUAAGGUUUGUGUUGAUUUCUGACACAAACACAAAUAAAAUAUGUGCAAUCCACAUUUUGCAUCUCCACAGAAACAUGCUCAGAUAAACAAAUUCAAUUUUUCUUUUUACCUUGUACUCUUUAAAAGGCAGCAAUUAUUAGUGAUAUGAGAAUCUCAGGUUUUAUACAAUUAUUUCAAAAGAUCUUCCAGAAUGUGCAUAGGCCACACAAUUGCUUACAUCACUGUGAAAUAUGAUAUUCCUAACAAGCUGUAUGCCUUGGCUGCUCCCUAAAACAGUGGCAUAUUUGUAAAGACAAGCUUCCAAGUUCCUAGAUUUUCUUUUUUGGUGUUAUAUGUUAAUAUAGAAUUCAAUCUCAGCCUGCAUUUGUAGUUUUUAUGAGUUGCCUAAAGUUAUUAACUCUUUUCAGUUGUUUUUUUCCUUCUGAAUUUGCCUUCAAUCAAGACUUUAAGUGCUUUUUUUGUCAUUUUACUACUAUAAUGCUCUGACAUUUGUAUUCAUUAUAUUUACCCAAGGUCUUGUUAGCUGUAGCUUUCCAUGUUUUUGUAGCUAACAUUACUAGCGCCUGUGUGCUUCUAAACACACACACCUAACUCUUUAGGUGUUUAUGUAUAAAAGUUAAAAAAUCCUGUAUAAAUACAUUCUUUAAUUCAGUAACUUAGACUGCAAGUUCUCCUUGUUUGCAAAAGCAAUCUAUUGUGAAGUUCACAUUCUGUUAUUUAAAGAUAGAAAUCACUAAGUCUCCAUUUGCUACAUCAUUUUCUUUUUUAUUAGGCUGCUAAACAUUCUAAUGAUGUUCAUAGCCCCUUUUUUACCACUUAGGUGAAAACUGAAUAUUUUUGGAUGUCAGUUAUCCAGUUCGACACUUUAAACAUAUGUUUUUAUAAAGGGGCUGAGCUCUGCAUAAUACUGAUUUUUUUUUUUUUUUUAUAGUCCAUUCAUAAUUUUGGAAUGUAAAACUAAUUAACUUGAUUUGCUAAAGUUGCUUUGAACAGAAUUAGAUAAUUGUCUGAACUAAUAGACUUGAAGUCUAAGUGGAUAGGUAGGGAAGCAAUAAUUUGAUUUUUGCUUACCAGUUUAAAGUAAGGACUUUACAUUAAAAAAGUUUUCUGAUUUAUAUUUGCAGCAUAUGUGCAGCAUUACCAAAGAACAAUUGCCAAAAAAGUGAAAUACUGUAUAGUUCUCUAAGGUGACAUUUUCAUUUUGUGUCAUUUUAUUAAAGUCUUUUUGUUGGGGAAAGAACAUAGUAUACAAUAUAUUUAUUCUAAGCCUGAGACUUGGUAAUGCAUCUGAAAACACUACUUCAAUUUCUUGUAGGUUAUUUAUUAAUUUACUUGAGAAAUCUGUAUAUUAAGGCAUGCAGAUCUGAAAGAAAUGACUGCAAAAUUAUUUUCUUAAAACUGGGACACCUACAUUUUAAGCAUGACCUGAAUAUUGUUGUGAAUUUUUUUUAAUAGUUUUUGUCUCCAGCUGAUACUUUGUUUUUUUCUAAAUGUGAUAUAUAUAGACAUUGUCAUAAACAAUAUAGAUAUGUUAGUGUUGCGUUUAGUCAGGGCUUUAUCGCAAAUAUAUUGAAGAGACAGCAUGAGCUAAGAAGUAUACAGUACAUGCAUUUUCCUGAAGACCAUGCAACUUCUUGAAGGGAGGUAAAAAAUAUGUAUUUUUUAAUUGAAACAAUUGAAGGGGAGAAAACUGUUACAUUUUUACAUUAAUUUUGUAAAGCUACAGCACAGUACAGUCUCACACAAGAGUAGACAAGUGAUGCAUGCAUUAUAUAAAACUGGAGUUUUACCCUUUUGUUUCAAGUUGCAGAUUAAAUCACUUGUGUAGAUUGCAUGUUUAUCCAGUCACACUAUACCACUAUACUUGCCUGUGCAGGCAGGAACAUUCAUCAAAUAUCUAUGUAUUUUGUGUUUAUAAAUUCAUCAUAUAUACAUUGGUGGAGUGUGCAUUUCAUGUGUAUUAUACAUUUGAUGCAUGUAUUUAGUUUUGAAAAUUGUUAGACUAAUGUACAUUCCACUUUUUUUUUUUUUUAAGGUUUAAUUUUUUUGUUCUGAUCAGUAUGGUGAUGCACCUGAAAGUGCAACAAUACCGUCGGCCAACUUAAAGGUCAAGGAUCUACUCUUUUUGCAAUUUUUUUUUCUUUUUUGUGUGAAUGUCUGUCUUGGUAUCAAACUCUCCAUCACCACCCUGUUCAGUUACAUGUACUGCUACAAGGCUAAGAAGUAUUCACUGUAAUUUUUUUGUUUGAGUGACACUGUGUAGAAAGGGAUUCUAUCAGUAACUGAAUGCCAUUUAGCUACCUUGAUGCACUUGUUUCCUGCCUUUUUUAAAAUUUAAAUAAUUGUAAAUUAGUGUAAACUUCUGAAGGUUUUUUUUUUUUUUAAAUAUCACAUUUAUUAUAAGCCUCCUUUUCUUUGGUGUGGCCUAGUUAGUUUAAUAAAUGUAUUUACUAUUGUUUAUCCACAGAAAUGGUGCAGUAGAAUGGAUUUAAUGAAGUGUGAAAAACAGCUGAUUGUAUUUUGUGUUAUGAUUGUUCUUGUUUUGCAAUACAAAGUAUACAAAGUAUUCUAAAGUAAUUUUUACUUUUAUUUAACAACUAUUUUUGUAAACCUAGCCCUGCACCCCUCCCAAAGCUCAAAGAAAAGUAUGUAAAAGCUAGCAGAAUUAAAGUUUGAGACAUGCUAUUCCAGUAACUGUUGCCAAGUUAAGUAUAUUUUGUUGUUAAAAUGUUACAUAUACAAUUUUCAGUAUUAUAAUUUGCAAGCUGUACUACCGGGUUUGUUCAUAAAUAAAGUCUUAACCAUCUUAGACUUCA